AUUCCGUUCUUUUUAGUUACUUCAAUGUUUCUUACAUUUUCCCAUAUACUUUUGUCUCGCCGACCACCCCAUUUCGUAUGGCCACUUUGCAUCCCCUUCUUCAUUGGUUUCCUCUCUGCAUAUCACUUCGAAUCCCAAUAUUAUUAUUGUCUCUUUCCCUUUUCCAGAAUUAAAAUUAGAAAAAAGGGAAAGUAACGGCAUUGGUAAAAUAACAAGAUGGAUGACUUUGAUAGAGACUCGAAUGCAAGCUCUGAUAAUGAUCGUGAUGAUGAUAUCAUGAUUCAGGAUGGUGACGGUGACGGCGAUGGCGAUGGCGAUGUAGAGGGCGAUGACGACAAUGAGAACGAAAACAACGACCACGACGAAGACGACAAUGACAAUGACAAUGAGAACGAGGACGAGGAAGAUGACGAACAAGACCAAGAUCACGACGACGAUGAUGAUCCCCCAGAUCAUCGGCAGUCCAAUGGUGUUUCUAACCCCACCGUUACUCGAACCUCGGCUACUCCAGGUCCUCUUGCAACUCCCAAGUGGAAGCCAAGGAUCCGUCCCGAAGUCCUCACUGCCUCGACAUACGAUAUCGUUCCGACCAUGGCAGCUCCCAUGGCUACCAGCGUCAACGCCAUUGCCAUCACUCCCGAUCUACGCUAUUGGAUGACCGGCGGAAGUGAUGGAUACAUCAGGAAAUACGACGGUCCCGCCACCAUCAAUGGCAAGACUCUUUUAACAGUGGCACAAAGGCACCCCUUCGUUGACUCGGUUACCAAGGCAGGCGUACUGAUGUCGUAUUGGGAGAAUGCUGAACCCCAACCCGCUGUACGCCAAGAGGACUUGGUUCUUAGCCCUGUCUACAGUCUCGCCGUCCACUCCCAGGCCCUAUGGCUGCUAUCCGGUCUCGAGAGUGGAGGUAUCAACCUCCAAAGUGUGCGCCACGACGAGGGCAAGCGUAUUACAUGCUUAAAGAAGCAUAACAAUGCUGUUAGCGUGCUAACCCUUUCCCCCGAUGAGAAGAGUGUGCUCAGCGGGAGCUGGGACAAGAAUAUUUUCGACUGGGAUCUAAACACGGGGCAGGUCUCGCGCCAGUUUGACGGAGCCGGGGGACAGGUAUCAGCUAUUGAGAUACGGCCGAUGGGAGGGGUGCCGGUCCCUCCAGAAGCCAGUGAGGAGGAAAUUCUAAGCGACACAUUCUUCAGCAAUAAUGCCCAUCCAGGAUUGGGCGACGACUUCAAACUUGAAGCUGACGACGGGUUUGAUACAGGUCCAAGUAAUGGCAUCAACGGGGUGGGAAUCAAUGGGGUAUCAGGACAGGCAGCUGGAGGGAGAGAUGGUAUGGCUGAUGGCCAAGGAAGCCCCACACAUGAUAGUCUCUUUGGUGGUAGUCCCACCGGCGGAUCGGAUCUGUUUGGUGAUGGUGACGGAAUGGGGGCCUUUGGAGGGGAUGAUGACAACGAAUUUUCUCGAGCUAUGAUGCAAGACUCGGCCCAGGAUACCGACAUAACCAUGGGGGACUAUGGUAUGUCCAGUUCGAGCUUUGUUCCCGAGUCUGGCCAGGCGCCACCUCCUGUCCAACAUCUUCCAGAUUCAAUUCCAGCUGAUUCCACCCUUUUUGGCGGCGAUAAUGCUAUAAGCUCCUUUGACAACGACCCUAACCACGACCCCUCAUCUCUUCCUCUGCCUGACUUUUCGAUCCCAACUACGGCUGACACCUCGUUUCAAACUCAACCGGAAGGCCUUUCGCAAUCGGUAGCGCAGGGAUUUUCGGGAGGUGCACCCCAGUCUCCAUCAAUGCUUUUUGGUGCGGUGCCACCAACACAUCAUGACUUGGCGCAAACUUCGGAUAGCACUUUUCUCUCGGCUUCUAUCGAUGGGACUCUACGAAUUUGGGAUCGGAGGGUGCCGAAUCCUGUGGCGCGUAUUGGAAGUAGGCCUGGUGUUCCUCCUUGGUGCAUGGGUGUAUGCUGGAGCCCGGACGGUAAUUGGAUCUAUGCUGGACGAAGAAACGGCACGGUGGAAGAAUUUAGCGUACAGAAAGCUAGGGGGGGACGCGUAGGUUGGCACCCAGAACGAGUUUUCAAGUUCCCGGGUGGCAGUGGCCCAGUAAGCUGCGUUCGGCCCAUGGCCAAUGGAAGACACUUGGUUUGUGCAUCCUACGACAUUCUUCGACUCUACGAUACUCGGUCUGUCCACAAUACUAAGCAUACACCACCUCCUUUUCUAAUCAUCCCCGGUCCACCACGUGCCGGCGUCAUCUCGAGCCUGUAUAUCGACCCCUCUAGCCGCUUCAUGUUGUCCGCAGCGGGGAAUCGAGGCUGGGAAGGGACAACUACGGAGGUGCUUAUCGGGUACGAGAUCAACGUGCCCCCAUCUUAAAUUCACCCUUGCACGAUUUAUAGCUUGUGGGUGUGGUAAGACUACCUACCUAAGCACCCACGGUAGUUCUCACUAGCGCUGUGUCGAUCCCUAUUGUCGACUUACAUAUUUACCAACAAUUCUUUUUUUUUUCUCUCCUUUUCUUUUAUAUACCGGCUGGUUCAUGGGGGGGCGCAUUUGGAAAAAGGAAGAUACCCUGUUUCCUUAUUUUUUAUUUUUUUUUCACUUGCCAUGGUUUGCGCUUGGCUUUGGCUUUGGGGUCGUGGUUGGAUUUAGCAUGUAGUGGUCGUGACGAAUAACAUUGGUUCAAGGAAGAAGAGUUGGGAGUUGGUGGUCUGGUCGGCUCAGUACCUGCCUACAUACCUGAUAGGUAGGUGGGUGUUGAUGAGUGGGAGAUGGAUAUUACCCACUACAUUGAGUACCUAGCUACUACCUAAGUAGCGCUUUAUUCGUUGUUGGUACUACAUGCCUACCAUUGAUGUCUCCCUUUUUUUGCUACAUACAUGAUACGUGCUUUGUACUUGAUUCCCGUGAUUGUGUAGUGGGGAUUGCGUGGUAUAGGUAUGUUGGUAGGUAGAUACU